CCGUUCCCCUCGUCUCCUUCCUCGUUCCCCACUCUCCACCACCAUUGACGACGUAGAGCCGGUGAGAGGGUACAGUGAUUCAGGAUGCGGAUGAGCUGCAACGGGUGCCGCGUGCUGCGCAAGGGGUGCAGCGACAACUGCGCCAUCCGGCUGUGCCUGCAGUGGAUCCGCAGCCCCGACGCGCAGGGCAACGCCACCGUCUUCCUCGCCAAGUUCUACGGCCGCGCCGGCCUCAUCAACCUCAUCGCCGCCGGCCCCGAACACGUCCGACCAGCAAUCUUCCGGUCUCUGUUGUACGAGGCCUGCGGCCGCAUGCUAAACCCGGUGUACGGCUCGGUGGGCCUGCUCUGGUCCGGGAACUGGAAGCUGUGCCAGUCCGCCGUCGAGUCGGUCCUCCGCGGCAUGCCCAUCGCGCCACCACCGCCCGCCGCCACGGCCGUCCCGCCUCUCCGGACGUGCGACAUCCGCCACGUCGCCAGGAGAGAAGCAGACGACCACGGCGCCGUGGCUGCCGCCGCCGGCCUCCACCGGUUGGCCAACAGCUCGCGGGGCCAAUUCAAACGGUCCGCCGGCGCCCACAGGUCGGCAGGUUCCGGCUCCGGCAUCGAGCUAGUCUUCUCCCAGCCGUCGGCGGCGGCCAGCAUGCUGGUCGACGUCCGGAUGGCGCAGCCGUUGAACUGGGCGCCUCGCCGCCAGCCGAGCCACGAGUACUCCGGGAGCCACGACGCCGUGCCGGAGACCGAUAGCAACACCUCGGUGGACACCGUGGACGUCUCUCAUGUCAGUCAGUCUGAACCGGAGCCACGACGAGAAAUCGACGAUGAUGGGCGCGCGGAUGGCCUGGACCUCACACUAGGCCUGCCGACGACGACGGUGCACAAGACCGAGCCGUCAGACGUUGACGACGGCCUGCAGCCUUGUCACAGAGGCGAGCUGGCGAAGCUCGGCUUGGCGAUCGCAGAUUCUAGAGCUAGAUAAUGAGAUCAUGUCAAUUCAGAGGGGCUUUUGAUUGGCAAGGAACUCGAUCGUCUUAGUAUGUCUUGAUCUGUAGGAGUCGCUUUGAUGUUCUCUAGUUUUGGAAACAUCGUGUAACAACAGUGCAUGCCCUUUUUUUGCCUUUUCUGAUGUAUGAUACUCCGUUUCGAUCUUCUGUUCUUUCCCUUUAUUUAACUUCAGAUGUUUCAGACGCAUGUCAGAUCCUAUAUGUAUCAUGUAUAGAGAGCUUUGUGUAUAUUGCAUGCAUGUUCAUUUGUAAUUAUAUGAUCAAUAUACGUAGCACCUGAUGAUACAACUAA